GCGGCUUUCGAACAGUAGAAAACUUUACGCAGAGAUGCCAGAUGUGAACAUGGUCAGAGCCCACCCCGUGGCGUAGGGGUGAAACUGGGCGGAGACUGGGCGGUCCUUUGCGCGCUUCAUGACGUCUUCAUGAUGGUCAAAGCUUGGCUCAGCACAGAUGGCCACAGAUAAGUAAAGGGCGAUCUCCAAAGCGCGAACGAGACCAGACGGAACCGAAGCUGAAUAAGAAGCUCCCUUUUUCUGUGUCCAUUGUGGACGGUGCCGUUACAGGACUUUUCCAGGACAGUGAAAGUGAAGCUACCGAACUAAACGCGACAGUGCCCACGGUGCGGUGCGCGUGCUUUUCUUGGAGCGUCGGGAUUUUUUUUUCUUCUCCUUCUUCUUCUUGCGGCUUUUUGUGGGUCAUGACACAAUCUGGUUGAUCUUUGGUUUCCGAAGUUUCUCGUUACAGGUGGAGGAUUUUCCUUUCUUCCAAAACAAUAAAUAAAUAAGAAAAGAAAAGGCGUGCCGAACGCACAGAGCCGAUGACUGCCGAGGUCCAGCAGCCUUCCGUGCAGCCGCCUGCCCAAAGCAGCCCGAUGUCCGCGCCCGACAAAGCGCACGCUCAAUCGGCGGCCAUGGACGCGGCCUCCUCCACCACCAAAGCCAAAAAGACAAACGCCGGCAUCCGGCGUCCUGAGAAGCCUCCGUACUCGUACAUCGCGCUCAUUGUCAUGGCCAUCCAGAGCUCUCCGACGAAGCGCCUUACUCUCAGUGAGAUCUACCAGUUCCUCCAGAGCCGCUUCCCGUUCUUUCGUGGCUCUUACCAAGGCUGGAAAAACUCCGUGCGCCAUAACUUGUCCUUAAACGAGUGCUUCAUUAAGCUGCCCAAGGGGCUCGGGCGGCCAGGGAAGGGCCACUAUUGGACCAUCGACCCUGCGAGCGAGUUCAUGUUCGAGGAAGGCUCUUUCCGGCGCAGACCGCGCGGAUUCCGGCGCAAAUGCCAGGCGCUGAAGCCGUCCAUGUACAGCAUGAUGAACGGCCUCGGGUUCAACCACCUACCCGAGUCUUACAACUUCCAGGGCAGCAGCGGAGGCCUGUCUUGCCCGCCAAAUAGUUUAUCCUUAGAGAGCGGGAUUGGGAUGAUGAACGGACAUUUGGCAGGCAACAUGGAGGGAAUGGGCUUGGCAGGACACUCCAUGUCUCAUCUUUCAGCCAACAGUGGACAUUCCUACAUGGGGAACUGUACGGGAUCCACAGGGAGCGAGUACCCCCAUCACGACAACUCAGCCUCGCCCUUGCUGUCCGGCGGCGGAGUCAUGGAGCCGCAUCCCGUUUACUCCAGCACGACCUCGGCAUGGGCUCCCGCGCCCUCAGCUUCCCUUAAUAACGGAGCGUCUUAUAUUAAACAGCAGCCACUGUCUCCAUGUAACCCCGGUGCUAAUCCUUUACAGCCGAGCUUACCGACACACUCUCUGGACCAGUCAUAUCUGCACCAGAACGGACACAGCACCACCGACCUACAAGGUAUUCCCAGGUACCAUUCCCAAUCUCCCAGCAUGUGCGACCGGAAGGAGUUCGUGUUCUCUUUCAACGCCAUGACAUCUUCAACUAUGCAUUCACCUGGAAGUGGCUCUUAUUACCAUCACCAACAGGUCGCCUAUCAGGACAUCAAGCCUUGUGUGAUGUGACAGCACUGGGAAUGAAUUAAAGACUCAUUCAACACUGAUGAAGGAGCCACUGAGCCUCUGCGGUGGGAAACAAAACAAACAAACUACAACAACAACAACAACAACACACGGGCCUGAAAGGAGCGGAUUCGCUGGAAAGGAAGGAGAACAAAAAAAAAAGACAAGUGAGCUCAAAAAGAUCCAUAUACAAAAUGCGAAAUGAUGCAAACUCGGUACAAAAUGAUGAACAGGAGAAAAGCCGGGUACCUUCAGCGUGUCGGGUGUUUCCACCACACCAGGUUUUACAAUCAGCCUUUAAGGUGAUAUGAUGUCAUGUGAUGUGAUGUGAUGUGUGCCACAUUUAUUCAAGCUAUUUCCAAAUAACAAAUGACUGCGCAAAUUCUGAACUAAUGUGUAUCUCAAUGCCAAAAAGGAAGAAAAGAAAAGAAAACCCCGCUUGGUACUAACUCUGCUGGCGGAUGGAUACCACUUGAGUGUAGGCUGUGAGUUGUCAUUCCAGGGAACCAGGAAUGUGAUAUAUAGUGAAAGUUGUAUUACGAUUGUUUGUUUAUUUGUGUUUGUUUGUUUGUUUAAAUAUAGUCCUAUAUAAAUAGUAUUUUCUUCAGGACAAGCUGUUCGAUAUCUGAUCCUAGCCCAUUCGAAUUCUGUCUCAUCAGUCCAAAGUUCACCAGGUUAUCACAUGGAAGGAAAAACGAAGGCACUUUUAAACCUUAAAGCGCAACUUUACUUUUAUUUAUUCUGUUUAUAUUUGGAUUGUAUAAAUAUAACCUUAGUAGCUAUUGAACGCUUUAUCGGCAAUAUUUGCCCAGAACGCUGUCAUUCAGUGUAAACAGAAAAUGAAGGUUUAAUGUAAGCACUGUUAUUUUGUUUGUUUGGUGUUUUAUUAUUAUAAUUAUCAUAAUUAUAAUAAUAAUAAUUAUAAUUAUUAUUAUUAUUGUUUUGUAUAUCCGUAUUGACACGAGUCAUUUUCCAGCACUGUAAAAAAUGUAUAUGGUGUAGGUAUUUUUUUUUUUUUUUUUUUUUAGUAGGCAUCUUUUUAGUACUACUUUCUAUUUUCGUGUCUUUAGGCAUUUAGAUAAAUCUUAAAUCUACGCACGAUAUGUAUACAAUUGUAUAAAAGCAGUAAUGGCAUGCAGUUGCAAUUAAACUGUUUAAAAGUAUUAGUAGAAAUUUGAAGAUUUUACAAGAUAAUUGGAGCUUUUUUUUCUUUUUCUUUUUCUUGAACGUGAUUCAGUCGUGGGAUUGCAUUCGGGGAUAAACAGGCCUCAUGAAAUAUAUUAUCUACGGGAUAGACAGAGAUUUUUUUUUUUUCUUAAGGGGGGAGAGAACAGCCCCUGAAAAUGAAAUAGACAAGUUUGUAUAAAUAAAUAAAUUUCACUUUUCUACAACUGGAAACUAAAUCCAAAAUCCAGUAUGACAAUUAUUAAAUUUGUUUAAAUUAUUAUUAUUAUUAUUAUUAUUAUUAUUAUUAUUAUUAAAAACAAAACACGUGAUAUUAGGAGUGUCAUUACAGCCUGUGUCGAUCGAUUGAUUGAUACUAAAUCUACGUAUUUAAUUUUUCAUUCGGAUUUGGGAGUAACUUUUGCAAGCCUCCAAAAGCCCGAACUCCAAAGGCAAAAAGAGAAACGAGUGUGUGCCACAUGUGUACAGCUGUUAUUUUUUCCAGAUAUUAUACUGCCACUGAAUUCAUUAAACUGUCUUUUCUGA